CCGUUGGUGGAACUCGCUGUCAGUCUAACGUGCGCGCACCUGAUUGGCCGAACGUGAGCGGAUGUUUUCACGGCGCUGGUUUACGGCAAACGCCUGCGAGUCUGCUUGAGAAACGCUUCUGAUUAUCUGCGGGAACAAACGACAGAAAAAUCAGAUCAAUAGGAGAGCUCGUGAAUGAUUGACAGCGAUGCGUGAAUCACGUGAUGUGUGUUUCAGAGAUGAUUGAGGUGGUGUGUAACGACCGUUUGGGGAAGAAGGUUCGAGUCAAAUGCAAUCAGGAGGACACGAUCGGAGACCUGAAGAAGCUGAUCGCGGCGCAGACGGGCACGCGCUGGGACAAGAUCGUGCUCAAGAAAUGGUACACCAUAUUCAAGGACCACGUGUCACUGGGAGACUAUGAAAUCCAUGACGGCAUGAACCUCGAGCUGUAUUACCAGUAGAACACACACACACACACACACACACACACACACACACACACACACACACACACACACACACACACACACACUCAUCAUGUCUCGAAGCAUCAGAAUAUCUGUUCAGUUGAAUUGUUUUGAUAUUAUUUGGAAAUAAAACUCAUAUUUAUGUAUGA